AAUAUUAUUUCCAAAUGACCUUUCUAGCGCGUCACGCUUAAUUGUGUGAUAUUAUGACGCCCCUUUACAAUGAAUAGGACUUUAAGAGUUUCUCUAAGGAGCCAGAUCAUCCACCACAUUUGUGACAAGUACUCCUUGCAGUUCACAAGGCCAGUUACUUGUGUAUGGAAGCAUAUUGAAAAAAGAUGUAAACAUCAAGAUUCUUCAAAUGCCUUUAAGUUUCUGGGCCAUGCAAGGACAGCACUCCACAGAAGAUGGCAGCAUUCCUUACCACAGAAACCUGGUUCACAGUUAUAUAUUGCAUUAAGACCAGGUAUGACCAUUAGACAGCUUGCUGCUGAGAUGAGUUGUGAUCCAGGUUCUCUAGCUGACAUACUGGUUGAACUUGGCGAAGAAUUGCCCAAUGGUCUGCUCACAGUGCUUUCACCAGACCAAGCUGAGCUGUUGGUGAUGGAACACAACAUGACUCCUGUUCACCGAGAUCUCAAAACAGAAACAAGCCAUUCCCUUGAAUCAAGGCCUCCUGUAGUGACAAUUAUGGGUCAUGUUGACCAUGGCAAAACCACUCUACUUGACACACUGAGAAGAACAUCAGUAGUGGCCGGGGAGGCUGGAGGAAUCACACAACAUAUUGGCGCUUUCUCAGUCAGCAUUAAAGGAACAGACAAGACAAUUACAUUCAUUGAUACACCCGGCCAUGCUGCAUUUGAAACAAUGAGGGCCAGGGGGGCUAAUGUGACAGACAUUGUUGUACUUGUUGUGGCAGCAGAUGAAGGUGUGAAGCAGCAGACAGUAGAGUCCAUAAGACAUGCCACCAGAGCAAAAGUUCCAAUAAUUGUUGCACUCAAUAAAAUAGACAAGCCCAGAGUUAAUGUGGAGCAAGUCAAAAAACAGCUUCUGCAAUAUGGAAUUCAACUAGAGGAGUUUGGAGGGGACAUCCAAGCUGUAGCAGUGUCUGCCUUAAAGGGAACCAAUUUUGAUGAACUGCUGGAGGCAAUCCACACUCUUGCAGAGUUACAAGAUCUAAAAGCCAAAGUAGAUGGGCCAGUGGAAGCAAUUGUCCUAGAGUCAGGCAAAGACAAAGGAAGGGGCUCCAUUGCAACCAUUCUUGUGAAUAGUGGAACACUGAGGAUAGGUGAUAUUCUGCUUUGUAAUCAAGCAUUUGCAAAGGUACGUCUCAUUCUUAAUGACCAUGGUCAAACUGUGACAGAGGCCAUGCCCUCAACUCCAGUAGAAGUAGGGGGUUGGAGGAACACUCCUUCUGCAGGAGAUGAGGUCAUCCAAGUUGAAACAGAGGAAGAAGCUAGGGAUGCUGUAGAGAAGAGAAAGGCAGUAUUACGGCAAAGGAAACUACUUUCAGAAGAUGUGCAUAAUGCCCUACUGGAUGUAGAGCUGAGCUACAGAAAGGAACCAGCUCCCAAGCAGCCUAGCAGCGAAUAUGACUGUAAAGACAAAUUAAAUAUUAUCAUUAAAGGUGAUGUUGAUGGUUCCUUAGAAGCAAUCAGCGAUGCUUUAAAAACAUACAAAUCAAAGAUGGUGAAGUUGACAGUUCUAUCCAGCCAAGUUGGAACUGUUACUGAAAGUGACAUCAAGCUUGCAGAGACUUUUCAUGGUAUAAUUUUGGGCUUCAAUGUGAAGAUUACAAAACAGAUGUUGUCUUUGGCUAGACAGCGUGGUGUGGAUGUGAAACAGCACAGAGUAAUUUACAAGCUUUUGGAAGAUGUUAAGGCUGAACUAAACAAGAGAAUCACUCCUAUUCAUGAAGAAAGCGUUACUGGUGAGGCAGCAGUUCUUAAAGUGUUUAAACUUACUGGCCGACGGAAGGCCACAGUAGCUGGUUGUCAGGUCAAGACUGGGACACUUGAUCGCAAGAGUUUGUACAGAAUAACAAGGAAUAAUGAAGUUGUAUAUGAAGGACGACUGGCCUCCAUGAAGCAUGGUGUUGAUGAUAUAAGCCAAGCUAAAAGGGAAACAGAGUGUGGCUUGUCAUUUGAGAAGUUCUUGGAAGUCCAAGAAGGAGAUGUGGUUCAAUGUUACACUGUGAAUGUCAUUAAACCAGAAAUUGAUUGGGAUUGGGGUUUCUGAUAUACCACAAAAAAAAGAUAAUCUCUUCAUGUAAAAUACUUAUAAAUUAAUCUUGUCUUGGGCUUUUUAAUAUCAAUGAUAGGUGGACUUUACAAUGUAAUAGGUGGUUAGCUUCAAAUUUUAUCAAAAAUAAUGCAUCAAGGUUGUAUAUGAUCAAUGCGCUUAAGCUGUCUUCCCAUUUGUAAAAAAAAUGGAAAACAUUUUUGAACUGUAUCCAUCAAGAGAAAUAAAGCAAGUAAACUUUGAAAUUA